UUUGAUUAAGUGUUAUCCUUUAUUUUCAGACAUGUUUAAAAACAAACUUUUCAAGAAGAGACCAAAACCAAAGGUGGACAAAAGCCAGGAUACCAUUUCACCUACCGGCGAAACAAACUAUGAUGUCAUCGAUCCAAAUUCCAAUAUUAGUUCUUCAAGAUAUACGCCUCUUUUACCGGAUGCACCAAUUCCGAAACUACCAGUAAAGAACCCAUCCACAGGAAAGAAAUUCAACAAAGAUGCUAUCGUGGAUCUCCCGCUACAACAUGUCUCUUCCAAUAGACGAAUGGAAGAUUUGGAUGAUGAGGAGUAUGGAUAUACCACAGGUUACUCCGUUCAUAGGUUCAAGAAAAAGGACACCAACUGGGAGGACGCAUUUUUAGAUGCGCAGGAAUUUACACCUUAUCAGAAAGACACUAACAGUCCGAUGAUAAGCAAGUUUUUCUUUUCUCCACAAGGAGACUACAGAAAUCUGUCCAUUGAUGAACUAUGCCGAGAAAUGGACAAUGCAACAACUGAAGUUGAACAAGACAUGAUUAAAUACAUUACAGCGGAUCUUCUACCAACUUUGAAACAAAGUAACAAAAUUAUUGAAGUCCUUAAUCUUCUUUCUUGCAAAAAUAGACUAGUUAGACAUCUUUGCAUCAAUGAACUGACAAAUAUGAUCAUGGGUGCCGAUCAGAAAAAUUUCUCCACCGAGGAAAUGAAAAUAAUGUACCAAAAGGGCACUGUUCAGCUAUUCACUGUUAUCGGAGAAACAAAGAAAACAUUCUCCAUUUUCCAGUCUCUAAUCCAACUUGGAAUUAUGUUUAACUGUUUUAUUUACUUACGAGCCAUUGAAGCAGUAGACCAAUGGAUUGCAUGCAUUCAAAACACUAUGACUACGAUUCAGUCAAAAAGCAAGCGUGUAUUCGAGAGGAGUGACCCUGAUAUUCAGGUUUUUGCCAAGACAGCAAAGUGCAUUUUUGAUCUAGAAGAGGUAGAUUUGGAUGAAAGUCUGUUGAUGGGGGAGGAUGUGAACGAUUUGCUCCCUGAUUUUAACAGAGAAGACAGCGAAAUUUGUAUCGAGGGGCUGGCUGUUGUUUUUCAUACAGGAAAUCUGGUGUUGCGACAGCAGUCGAAAUUUCACACAGGGGUGCAGAAGAUGGUAGGUCUAGCUUCGUUAAUGGAUGUCUCUAACGACGAGGAGGGGAUGGUGAAAUGGCAUCAUCGAUUUCUUGGCCUAUUUAUUGUUCGUAUAUUACAAGGAGAGCACCCUGAUGUGAAAUUGGAAAUGCUCGAAAAAUGUGAAAAUCAAUUGUUGUCGAUAUUAAAUCGAGAACAUUUUCACUCAAGUGGAUUCAGUGUGUCAAAUUGUUUACUUUUUCAUCACAAUGAAAGAAUACGGUCCAGAUUCAGAGAAAUAGCGAAGAGAAAAGGGACUGUAAGUUCAAAAGAAGCCAUCAAAGAUCACGUGCAAAUGUUGCUAAAAAAUUAUGGAUUUGUGUUCGACCUCUCCACUACAGAGUCACCAUUGAACAACAGUUUUGAACGUAAACAAUGUUUAUUUUGUAAUGUGGAUGCAUCCAUCACAUGUUUUUUGGAAGCUUUCGCAGAUGAAGUCAGGGAUGUGGAAAUGUAUGAUAAUACUUCGGCCAAAUUCAGCACAAGCCUAGAUUUAGCUAGACAAAAAAAUCUAGAAAAUGAACUGGAAGUAUUAAAAGAAAUAGAGUCCAACGAUAUUCACAGAAACGUAGCCAGGCUUCUUGUGUUCAACCAAAUCUUACCGAAGUUUUAUAUCAAAGAGAGACUUCCUGGAGACAACCUUCAAAGACGUCUUCUGGAGGCAAGGGACAAAGGAAAGAUAAUUCCCAUUGAGAAUCUCAUUAAGAUGAUAGUGCAAGCAGUUGAGGCAGUCUUGUAUGUACACAGCUGUGGUUGCCUCAUCAGGGAUAUCACUACCGCAUCAUAUUGCUGCUCUACAACAGAUGAUGGCUAUUUUCUUAAGUUAAAAAACUUUGAGAUGGCAGCAAAACCAUCAGACUUUCCAAGCGGUGGAAUAAUCAGUGGUCUUAUAGAUCUGGAUUUUGAAGGCGUUCCUGUCCGGUGGGCGGCCCCCGAGAGUCUUCUGGAAGGACAUUACAGUAUCUACAGUGACGUGUGGUCUGUCAACAUUUUAGCAGAUGAAAUUCUUAAUUAUGCAGCAUGGCCAUACUCGGACGUCAGCGACUCCGACAUUGACGAUAUGAUUACAAAUAUUGUUUUUACUCAUCUUAAACCCCAAGGAUUUAACCGGCCUAGAAGGGUCCAAGGUUUGAUUUUAGAAGGGCUAGCCACCAUCCCAGAACAGAGACUAAAACUGGAGGCAUUGCGAGAAAGAUUAUUGGACAUCUCUGGCAAUAUCAGCGGAGAAGGAAGCUAUACUUUAUAUGACACAUAUUCUGGAGUGGAGGGAACACAUGCAAAGGUUUAUGAAAUACCACCCUUGACAGAAAAUCAGAUCAAGGCCAAUUCUGUGUUUGAAAGAGGAAUUCCGAAGUCAAUUCGCCGAUUCAGAGAGCUUGAUGAAGAUCCUGUUACCGUGUUUGCAUUGGAAGUAGCAGAAAACAAUAACAAAUUGAAAGAGCAAAGAGGAGUCAAACUUAUGGAAAUAUCCUCUGACGAAUAUUACAAGAUCGAGACUGAGGACAGAACAAGCAUGAUGAAAGUGAUGGAAAAAGUAAGUGAAGAUUUCUUGAAAUUUACAUAUAACAGACUGAGGGAAAUAGACAGCAGUAAAAUGUGUGUAGAACCUUGGCCCCCAGCCAAAAGUGUCUCAGCAGACGGCUCCAAACAAUUGCACUACAAAUUUCCUAGAUCCACACACCUUCUUGAUAUCGUCCUUCACAAAGAACGGGGUCCAAUGAUUGGUCCAUACAUUGAACUUCUAUAUGAAUUGGCCAAUCACAUCGACUCUUUUCAUACAGCAGGAUGGAUUUUCCGGUGUCUUCGAGCUAAAAACGUCUGGAUUUUGGAAACAAAAAAACGAGAACAAACUAUAGUGGUGCCAAAAUUUGGUAAAUAUCGGGUGAUAGCGUCGUCUGAAUUUGACGCACAUCUGGAGCAGAUCAAAGUUGAGAAACCAGAAGACACAGAUGGAAUACAAUGGCUCCCAAUUGAGGCAAUUAAGGCUGGCCUUUAUUCCAAAGAAAGUGAUGUGUAUGCAUUUGGUAUGAUCACUUGGGAAGUCAUGUCUGCUUUUGGACAAGAGGGAGUUGUUUAUGAUCAGGAUGAAGAACGUGAAUUGACGUGUGUGCCAUUCAACUACCAACAAUCGGACAAAAUUCUUCAGCAUUUGAUUGAGGGUUAUAUCCCAGAGAAACACGUCAAGUGUCCUGAUUGGUUUUACCAGGAAGUAACCAGGCCUUGUCUCCUGCAUCAAAAAAUUGACAGGCCAUCUAUGAAAACGAUUCUUCAAAUUCUUGAAACACGACUUGGAAAAACUCUUCCUAAACAAGUUCUUAGUCUCCCACCUCCACCAACACAGCCAGAAGUAAAAUUAAUACAACAAGUUAAUGUAGAGCAAUAUGAAGAUAUUUAUGAAUAUGAUGAUAUGGCUAUUAGUCCAAAUCUUUCUCAGUCUUACUUAAAAGAAUCGACAAAGACUGAAGGUGAUGACAAAUGUUCUUCCAACGAAGUUCCUCCUCUACCUCAACCCAGAAGACCUCCUCCUCCACCUCCAACUUCGUAUUACAAUACAGACGAGAGUAAAAACAACAUGCCAGGUAAACACAAACUACCGCCCCCACCACCUCCUCCCAAACCGAUAGUCAAAGCAAAGGCUGUUAAAGACACUGAAGAAAGUUCAAGCCAAAUACCUCCUCCAGUACCAAGGAUGGGUAAUAAAACAGACGCAGAGGAUAAUGUGAAUUUCUGUCGUCCAGGCGUAACAGUAGAGAAUGGUGAUAGUGUUCCACCGGUUCCUACAAGGCCAUUUCCAUCUUCAACUGGAAAUCAAAAGGAAUCUACAAUAUCAACAGAAGUGAAUUCUUGUAAAGCACUUCCUCUUCCAAAUGUACCAGAAAGCAACGAAGACGAACGUAGUGACAAUGAAACUCCAAAUCAGCCCUCUGCUGUGAAUCUUUCGCCAAAAUCACAAGAUGGUCAGAAAGGUUCAUAUCAGAAUUUAAAAGAACAAACCUCUAAUGCUACUUGCAGUGCAAAUUUGCUUCCACCUCUCUUAAAGCCUAGAGAAGCGAAGGAUGUAGUUGAAAACAAGAAGCAGGAAAUGAAUAAAGAAGAGGAAAAGAGAACUGGUAACCCAAGACUCCCAUUCCCAUCACUACCUCCCAAGCCAUACAAAAGUAAUAGUCAAAAGAAUGACCUUCAAGUGAUCCCCCCAUCCUCUGUUCCAACGAAAUUGGAAAAUCAGCCACCAAAAUUCAAAAGCGAAGAUGACACAAAAAAAUCGUCUGGAGAAUCUAUUCACAAAAGCUCAGACUUUUGCGAAUCUGCAUCAAAUUUGCCCCACAGCAAACCGGGAGAAACCAUCAAAGGAUCAGAUUUUUAUGAAAGCAAAACCUCUCCUAGAAGUUUUGGAGAUACAGAAAAAGGAUCAAAUAGCUAUCAGACUGUUAGAUCUGCAGCACAUAUCGGCAAAAGCUUAGGCGAUACGGAGAAAGGCUCAGACUUUUACGGCCAACUGACUGCCAUAAAAGAAAAGCCUAAAGUACUUCCAAAACCAAAGCGUAAAAGUGACAUUCAGCCACCUUGUGGUCUCGGUGAGAAGGAGGAUGAAGAAAAAACAAAGGUUGAUAAGGUUAAAAAAGACUAUUGUAAUCCUGAAGCGCAGCCAAAUCCAGUUUACAUCAAUGAAUCCCAAACUGACUCAAAACCUAUUGUACCACCAAGAAAGCCUUUAAACAAAUGACUUAUAAAUGUAUCACAAAAUAACUUUAAGUAUGUAUUUACCAUUUUGAUAUAUAUAGGGGGCACUCACUGCAAAUCUGAAUCCAUCGGUUACGACUAGAAGAAUCCAUCCCAAAACAGAAACACAUUGGGAUUUAACUUUGUUAAUACUGGGUAAAUCUAUCAUCAAGUAUCAAAACAGGAACAUCUUGGGAUUUAACUGUGUUAAUACUGGGUAAUUUUAUCAUCAAGUAUCAAAAUCAGAGCUGUUUCUCGUGAUCAGAUCGGCUUAGUGUGUCGUGCUCGAAAACUACUACAAUAUGACUAUGUUCUUUUGGCACCACCCGUGGAUUACCAUUCUCUAUCCAGAGUAUGUGGGAGCGUAGCGGGAACGACAAUUCUGGAUAGAGAAUGGUGGAUUACUUGUAACUUAAUUUAAAAUUUUUGUGAUAGUUUCAUAGGCAUUUUGCAAAGAAUCGACUUAACGUUUGUGAACAGAAGAAUCGAGUGUUAUGUUAUGCAACGCCAACAUAUUUUUGUGCAUUAACUAGUAUUUGAUUCUUGCAUAUCAUGUAUAUUAUUCUUACUUAUAAAGCAUUAAAAUUUAAUAUGUAUAUGCAUAUAAGUAGAUGAAGAAAAUAACACUGA